CGGGUCGGCGCCAUUACGCGUGUAAUUUGGUGUCGACAGCCAUCAUGAAGUCCUUUACUCUCCUGCUCCCCAUCGUCUCUGCAGCAGUUGCUGGCACACUGGCAUAUAAUGAGUAUGAGCAGGUCCAGCUCGACGGCAGCUCGCUUCAAAUGUACCCAGGGUUUGACCUGGACUUCAAUGAAUUACGAUGGGUGCAGCUCGAAGGGCAGGAACCAGUGUUGAUGUCGGAGCUUGAGAAGAUUGAACUAAAGGCCCAAGGCUUCAAGUUCUUUGACGUAUCCGAAACACUCAACCUCGGGCAUCGUACUCACUUGACGAACGCACGCAAGCCUACUUACCCGACACCGAACAAGACGGAACUUGUCAACCCCAUCUUGAAGACUCUCGAGAUUGACAACCUCAAGGAAGGUCUGCACAAGUUUACGAGUUUCCGUACGAGAUAUUACCGCAGUGAUACCGGCAAGCAGAGUCAAGAAUGGCUCAUUGAGACCAUUCGCCAGCUCACUCACAAAUAUGCAUCGAAGUCGCUUCAAGAGCUGAUCACGAUUGAGGAAUUUCCUCAUACUUGGAUCCAAAGCUCCGUGAUCGCGAGAAUCAAUGGUUCUAUCCCCACAGAGGACGGUGUCGUGAUCGUCGGUGCUCAUCAGGAUAGUACCAACACGUGGCCCUUCUUGCCUGCGCCCGGCGCUGACGAUGAUGGCUCCGGAUCCAUGAGCAUCCUCGAGGCGUAUCGGGCGCUGUUGGUGGCCGACUUCCGUCCCGAGCGCGCCGUUGAAUUUCAUUGGUAUUCUGCGGAGGAAGGAGGACUCCUAGGCUCCCAAGCUAUAGCACAAGAGUACGAACGACGCAGUGUGAACGUCCUAGCCAUGAGUCAGUAUGACAUGACAGCAUGGGUCAAGAAAGGCACUAGAGAAGAAGUCGGCGUUAUUGUUGACUACGUCAACCCCGAGUUGACGGAGCUCAAUAAACAAUUGAUCGACAUGUAUCUGGACAUACCCUUCGUCGAGACGAAAUGUGGAUAUGCUUGCAGUGACCAUGCCUCGUGGGCCAAGGCCGGAUAUCCUUCCGUCUUCACUAUCGAGAGCACGUUUGAGAAUUCUAACAAGCUCAUUCACACUGCGAACGACCGUUAUGACAUUUCCGACGAGUUCAGCUUCUCCCACAUGCUCGAAUUCUCCAAGCUGGCAGUUUCCUUUGCGGUCGAGCUGGGAGGGUGGCGCAAGUCGGAUUGA